AUGUCUUUGUCCCAGGUUGGGAAGUUAAGCAUACCUGAGUGUCUGAGGCUGAGUGCUGAGGGCGUCAUUAGCAGCCUCAAGAUUCUCAAGUUGUCAGGGAUGCCAGGACUGAAAGCCCUAAAACUUGGUAGGCUAUUCAUUGCAUCUCCAGAACAGUUUGAAGAAUUGAGAUUUUUAAUAAGUACCGAUGAACUGCAUCCAUCGAAAGUUCAUAAACUUAAGUUCUAUCACAACAGCAUUUCAUCUCUAGCUUGUGAUGACGAUGAUGAUGAUUAUUCCAUUGAUAUUGAGAUGUUUCCUGUUUGUCAAAAGUGUAGGCUUGUAUUUGAUUGCUCGUUAGAAAGUUGCCAAAGCAAGGGGCCUGAACAAUGCAGGGCAUGUAAUGUUUGCAUUUCAAGGUGUGUAAAAUGCGGGCGGUGUAUUAGCAACUGUGAAUAUGUGGAGACAUUUUGUCUUGAAUACCUCUGCUCGACCUGUUGGAAGCCUACUCCUCCAAGUGAUGAUAUACUAGAGAAAUGA